AUGGCGGAGGAGGCGCUGACCGAGUCGCAGCCGCUGAAGCUCGAGUCUUCGUUCACGCACUGGGCGCGAUGCGUGGAGGUGCCCAUUGGCGAGUCUCGAGUGGUGUCGGUGGAGCAGGACCCGGACUCGUUCGUGCUGGGAACGACCGUCUGGGACAGCAGCAAGACGCUGCUCAAGUUCAUUGAGCAGCGGCCCGAGCGGUUCCAGCGGUUUUCGUCCAUCUGCGAACUCGGCGCGGGCUGCGGGGGCCUCGCGGGUAUCGCCAGUGCAAUUAUCACUGGAGGCCUGGCGGAUGUGGUGCUCACGGACAUUGGUCCCGUGCUCCCGUGGCUGCGACGCAAUGUGAGGGAGAACUUGACGGACAAGGAGCUGCAGCGCGUCCGCGUGGAGCAGCACGCGUGGGGCACGCCGGUGACGAACUUGAAGGCGCCGUUUGACUGCAUCUUGUGCGCGGACGUGGUGUACGAGAAGGCUUGCGUCAAGCCGUUGGUGCAGUCACUGCUGGCGCUGUCGCACCGUAAGACGGUGAUCUUCUUGGCGAAUGAGCGUCGUGCUCCGGAGGUCCGCGCGGAGUUCAUGCGCCACUUAGACAGCUAUUUCCAGUGGAAGGAGGUGCCCAAGGCGGAGCUGGAUGCGGAUUACCUCAAGGAAGCGAUCGAGGUGUUCGAGAUGAGACCCAAGAAGCGCAAAGUGCCGGUGGAGAUGCAGAUUGAGACCCCAGACAACUACAAUCCCGACGAUCAAGAGUAUCACCCGCUCGGCAGCGGAGUGGGAAAUGAGGCGGACCCCUACGAUCGCGACCUGUGGAAUGACCUGCUGCGAGACCUGUCGCUGGACCCUGCAGACACGAAGAAGCAAAGCUAA